AUGGCCCCUAACUUGAGUCCGACCAAGAAGGCGAAGAUUGUAGAGUGGACACGGGAUGGGAGGUCACACAAAUGGAUCCGUGAGCACUUGACUGGCCGCCAUGAUAUUUCGGACUCCACCAUCUACUGGAUACAGCGGGAUUACAGCGAGAAGGAGAACUAUUAUGAUGUAGGACACUCCCCAGGGCGACCCCGGAAACUACAGGCCCGAGAUAUGCGAAAGGCAGUCCGUUCCCUUGGCAAUCAGACCGUGACCAAUGCGACAGAACUCAAGGACGCUUUCUUCCCGGAUGUCAGCGUGAAGACCAUCAAACGCAACCUGCGCAUAGCAGGCCUCGAGGCCCAUAUUCGUCGCCCCAUCCCGUUCAUCUCAGCACUGAAUUUGAAGCGUCGGAAAGAGUGGGGAGAGUCACAUGUGCAUUGGCAGGUGGAGGAUUGGAAGCGUGUGCUGUUCUCAGAUGAGUCGAUAUUCCGUCUUUUCGGGUCCGAUGGGAUAGAGUGGUGUUGGAGGAAGCCGAGUGAACGCUUGGACCCCCGGUUCACGAAGAAGCGGGUGAAGCAUGGGGGAGGGAAGAUCACGGUAUGGGGCAUGAUCACACCACACGGAUUGGGUCGACUCGUACGCAUCGACGGAAACCUCAACAAGGAGUUGUACCGUGAAAUACUCAAGGACGACCUCUUGGGUACCCUUGACGACCUCGACCUUGACCCGCGCGACUACAUCUUCCAACAGGAUAACGAUCCUAAACACACGGCGCGGAUUGUUACCACCUGGUUUGCCGAGAAUCACAUUGCUGUUCUCCCAUGGCCGGCUUCCAGCCCCGACAUGAAUAUCAUCGAGCAUGUGUGGAGUCACCUCGACAAGAAGGUUCGGAAGCGGAAGCCCCUACCUUCCAAUGUCGAGCAGCUAUGGACCGCUUUGCAGGAGGAGUGGGCACGCAUUGAUGAGGGGUAUAUUGAGAGUCUGUAUGACUCUAUGCCCAGACGGAUUCGGGCACUCAUCGCAGCAAAGGGAGGUAACACAAGCUACUAG